AGUCACAACGAUGAGAUCGUUCGCUGCUCUUGUUUUAGCGAUCACCCUCGGGGUUGCGUCCGCUGCGUUCCUGCCGACAACUAGCCAGGUGAAAUACCCCGAAAAGGAAUGGCUGCAUAAACAGGAGGACCUGCUGCUACUUUUCCGUCAUUUGUAUCAGAAGGAUUGGAAUCCACAGCUGGUUGCCUACACAAAGAACUUCAAGGUACAGAGCAACUACCAGUUGUACAGUAAUGUGGAUGCUGUCAAGGAAUUCUACUCUUACUACGAACAUGGAAUGCUGCCGAAAGGAGAAGUGUUCUCGAUCUUCGAAGAGGUACACCGUGAGCAGGCGAUCGCUCUGUUCCAUCUGUUCUAUUACGCGAAGGAUUGGGAUACCUUUUACAAAACUGCCGCCUGGGCUCGCUAUCACCUGAACGAAGGUAUGUUUGUUUACAGUUUGUCCGUAGCCGUGGCCCACAGAGAAGAUACGUCUGGGUUUAUCCUACCUGCACCUUACGAGAUCAGCCCAUACCACUAUAUCAAUGCAGAGGUUAUCCAAAAAGCACAGCAAUACAAGAUGCAGGGAUACUACGGAAUGAAAAAAGUUGAUGGUGUCUAUACCGCUGUCAUUCCAACCAAUUACACCGGCUGGUAUAUACACACUAACUCAGAGCAGAAGAUUUCUUACUUCACCGAGGACAUUGGUCUGAAUGCUUACUAUUACUACUUCCACAUUGAUUAUCCAUUCUGGCUGGGUGGCAAGGAAUUCAGUUUGUAUAAGGAUCGACGCGGUGAGUUGUAUCUGUAUGAGCAUCAACAGAUCUUGGCUCGCUACUAUCUAGAGUGUCUGUCGAACGAUCUUGGUCACAUUCCGGAAGUGUCAUGGUAUUGGCCGGUCAAAACCGGCUACUAUCCAGAUUUGCAGUACUAUAAUGGUCAUGCUUUCCCGAGUCGUAACAACUAUUACCAAGCGAACCAGGAGCAUAACUAUUACGACAUUCAAGUAAUCGAUGACUAUGAGCAUCGCAUCCGUGAAGUCAUUGAUCGUGGUUUCCUACAGACGCCCGAUGGCAAGAAAAUCAAUUUCGCUACUCCCGAGGCCAUCGAUUAUCUUGGAAAUCUGAUUCAAGGUAACCCUGACAGUUACGACAGCCGCUACUACAAAUACAUCAGCAUGUUUGCUCGGAUCCUUAUGGGUGCUUCCGUUGAACCUACCGAAACCCAUAAAAUCAUCCCAAGUGUUCUGGAACAUUACGAAUCAUCUAUGCGUGAUCCUGUUUUCUACCAAAUCUACAAGCGCAUCAUCCGAUAUUAUUAUCAACUAAAAAAUCAUUUCCAACCGUAUACAUACGAGCAGCUAUACUUCCCCGGAGUGAAAAUUGAAGAUGUGGUUGUUGACAAGCUUGUUACAUACUUUGACCGAUUCGAUGUGGACAUAACCAAUGCCAUCGAUAUUGAACCAGAGCCUGUGGAAGAAGGCAAGUAUAACGAGUUCGGUGAGAUUGAGUACAAACCCGAUCCUGUUAUAAUCAAGGCUCGCACUAUCCGUCUGAACCACAAACCAUUCAGCUACAAGUUGAGUGUUUCUUCGGAUAAGGCCACCAAGUCCGUGGUUCGAGUGUAUAUUGGACCUAAAUACGAUGAGUAUGGAUCGCAGUACAAUUUGAAUACCAAUCGUGAAAACUUCUACGAACUGGAUUACUUCAUCUAUGAUCUUGUACAGGGCAAGAACGUCAUCACUCGCAAUUCAGUGAACUUUUACGGCUAUGUUAAGGAUCGUACCUCUUUCUACGAGCUAUAUAAGAAAGUGAUGCUUGGAUACAAGGGCGACCAGAAGUUUGCACUGGACGUCUCCGAGGCUCACUGUGGCUUCCCAAGUCGCUUAAUGUUGCCGAAGGGUAAGAAGGGUGGAAUGCUGUUCCAGUUCUUCUUCGUGAUCUCGCCCUAUCACGGCUCUGAAGUUGCUCAGUAUUCCGGAUAUGACACUUGUGGCGUUGGAUCUGGCGCUCGAUACUUGGAUAAGUUGCCAUUCGGUUACCCGUUGGAUCGCAAGAUCGACGAGACUUAUUUCUACGUGCCGAACAUGUUCUUCGAGGAUGUGGUCAUCUUCCACAAGAAGGAGGUUGAUAUCAACACCGUCGUGUAAACAAGAGGAACCAGCGGGCUUAUAACUCUCAUCGAUUGCGCCGAUCUGUUGAUUUAGACAUUUAGUCUACGAAUUGAGGUUUUCCACAUCGUUCGAUCCUGGGAAACCCAAAUUCGUUUAUGCUAAUGUGAUAUUGUUUGUAAUAAAAAUGACCGUAUGAAAAGAAAAACA